GGCAGAGUUGUAAAAACUCCCAGGCUGUGGGGAGUGGGACUGGAAGCUUCAGCAUUGGAUCCUUUAAAACCCCGACGGACACAAGAUCGCCUGGAUUUCAGACACAUCUUUACAGUCUUUUUUUUAAUCUUUAUAAAGCUACAAGGGGCUGUACGAAUAUAACUCACGGAGGGAAGAAGGGCCUGCUCUGAAUUUAUAAUCAAUAACCCAGCUCUGUCAGAAGGACAUCCGUUUUGUCUACCAUUACCCUGCUUCCUCACCUCUGCGGCCCUGGACGUUUGUGACGCUCUGACAGUUGAAGAAACCUCUUCGCGACUGGAGCAGCUAUGCAGCUUGAAAUUCAAGUAGCACUCAACUUUAUAAUUUCCUAUUUAUACAACAAACUCCCUCGGCGGCGUGUGAAUAUCUUUGGUGAGGAGCUUGAGAGGCAGCUGAAGAAGAAAUAUGAAGGCCACUGGUAUCCGGAUAAGCCAUACAAAGGUUCAGGGUUCAGGUGCAUCCAUGUAGGGGAGAAGGUGGAUCCUGUGGUGGAGCAGGCGGCCAAAGAAAGCGGGCUGGACAUCGAAGAUGUCCGAAAUAACCUUCCUCAGGACCUUAGCGUGUGGAUUGAUCCGUUUGAGGUUUCCUACCAGAUUGGGGAGAAGGGCCCGAUCAAGGUGCUUUACGUGGACGAUAAUGAGAACGGGUCCGAACUGGACAAGGAGAUUAAGAACAGCUUUAAUCCCGAGGCCCAGGUCUUCAUGCCAAUCAGCGACCCUGUCGGGGCUUCCUCUGAGUCCAGCUCCCCCUCCCCUCCCUUUGGGCAGUCUGCUGCUGUGAGCCCAUCCUUCAUGCCACGCUCCACCCAGCCCCUGACCUUCACUACUGCCACUUUCGCUGCCACUAAAUUCGGCUCGACUAAGAUGAAGAGCAGCGGCCGCGGCGGCAGCAACAACAACAACAACAGCAGCAGCAACAGCAGCAGCAGCAGCAGCAGUAGCAAGGUGGCCCGCACCUCCCCGACCAACAGCCUGGGUCUGAAUGUCAACACUCUACUGAAGCAGAAAGCCAUGUCCACCUCCAUGCACUCACUGUARGGGCUGGGCCAGCAGCAGAAGGUCUCUGCUCUGUCCCCCAACGCCAAGGAGUUUGUGUUCCCCAGCCUGCAGGGCCAGUCCAGCCCUGGAGCCGUGUUCCCCGGGGAGGACUCCCUGGGCCUGGGCGCACUGCAGUACAACAAUGCCUUUGACAUGUUUGCAGCCUACGGAAGCCUCAACGACAAGUCCCUGAUGGAUGGUCUCAACUUCAGCCUGGGCAGCAUGCAGUAUUCUAACCAGCAAUUCCAGCCAGUCAUGGCUAACUAAGCUUUUCAUAAAUGUGCGAUUUAUGAAUAUGAAUGAUGGUGGCUCAAAGAGAAGGAAAAACAAAAAAAUGCACACUUAGAAACCGGACUGAAGGAUUUAGCUGUGUGAUCAGUCAAAGCGCAUGUGCCCAAGGGUGUUUCUACUGUGGCCCCUUGAGUUUGUUUCUACUGAGAGCUUGUUGUACAAACACAUCCAAGCUUGGUUACUUCAACAUGCAUCAUUGUUUUUUCUUUUUUGGCCAACCAAGCACAACUAUUUUUUUUUCUUUUCUCCACUUUGAGAAACUACUCCAAAAAAGAAUAAAAACAACAAGCUUCAAGUUUUGGCCUCUUACAGUAUUUUACAGUUGGUAAGACGAGGCUGAUUUUUAUGAAUUGGCACUACUAAGUGGGGUUACUUGGUCUUUUUCUAAUUGUAUAAUUUAAUUUAGUACAGAGUUUGUAAGAUAUCAGAGUAUAUAUUGUUUCUAUGACAUGGUGUUGCAUUUAUAUCUUUUUACUACUCCAGUGAUCUGUGAUGGCUGCAGCAGCUUUUCUUUAUUUUCCUUUUUUAAAGAUAAUUGUUAAAGAAAUCCAUCUUUGGGGGAAGGGAGAAAAAAAUCUGACAAUUGUGUACAGAGUAUUCCUUUAGUGGUGGAAUUCAAGUGUAGGAAUAUUUGCUUUUUUUCUGAAAGAUUAAUUGUAUUUUCUGUUAAAAAGGUUAAAGAUUUUUGCUAUACUAUGGACAAAAUGUAAUUGUAUGAAUAUUAAUUUUGUACCUACAUUGUGCAAUACUUGAUAAAGAAAAAAAUACGGUAUAACAAAGUAUUUUGAGUCAGCGUCUUACAUGUCAAGAGGGACUGAAAUAGUUUAUAUGAGUUUGUAUUAAAUGCUUAAAAAUGA